GCCCAAUGUGUGUGGCUCUCGUUUCAACGCCUACUGCUGUCCAGGAUGGAAGACUCUGACCGGGGGCAACCAGUGCAUCGUCCCUAUCUGUCGGAGCUCGUGUGGAGACGGGUUCUGCUCCAGACCCAACAUGUGUACCUGUCCCACCGGAUCCAUCGCUCCUUCUUGUGGAUCCAUGUCAGUUCAAAACUGUAACAUCCGCUGUAUGAACGGUGGGAGCUGUGCUGAUGACCACUGCCAGUGUCAGAAAGGAUACGUGGGAAACCACUGUGGUCAACCGGUGUGUGAGACAGGUUGUCAGAAUGGAGGACGGUGUGUGGCUCCUAACCGCUGUGUUUGUACCUACGGAUUCACGGGGGCACAGUGUGAGAGAGACUACCGUACAGGGCCGUGCUUUGCGUCUGUGAGUAACCAGAUGUGCCAGGGCCAGCUGACGGGCAUCGUGUGUACCAAGACGCUGUGCUGUGCCACCGUGGGGAGGGCAUGGGGACACCCCUGUGAGAUGUGCCCCGCCCAGCCUCACCCCUGCAGGAGAGGAUUUAUACCCAACCACCGUACUGGAGCUUGUCAAGAUGUGGAUGAGUGCCAGGCCAUCCCAGGUCUGUGUCAGGGUGGGAACUGUAUCAACACUGUUGGAUCCUUCCAGUGUAAAUGUCCUGCUGGACACAAGUUCAAUGAGAUCACACAGAAAUGUGAAGAUCUAGAUGAGUGUUCUAGCAUCCCAGGUCUGUGUAGUGGAGGAGAGUGUUCCAACACGGUGGGCAGCUACUUCUGCAGGUGUUCUCAGGGCUACUACACUCCAGUGGAUGGCUCCAGGUGUAUAGAUGCCCGGGGUGGGUACUGCUAUGCCAGCCUGCUGAAUGGGCGUUGUGCCAACCAGAACUCCCAGCUCCUGACCAAGAUACAGUGCUGCUGUGACAGUGGGCGCUGCUGGUCGGACGGGUCCAGUCCUGAGUUGUGCCCCAUGACAGGGACUGAUGAGUACCAGAAGCUGUGCACACAGGUGCAGACCGGUCCAGGGGGGGAGACUUUCCCAGGUGGGGGAGGGCCUCUCCCAGGUGGGGGAGGGGGAAGACCAGGAGUUCCCCAAGUCCCAGGUAUCUACCCAAGACCACCCUACCCAGGACCACCAAUCCCUUUCCAGCCUCCGCCUGGACCAGAUCAAUACCCUGGACCCAGCAUCAUCCAGACCCAGAACAUCAGUACCAGCAUUACUAACAUGUGUGAGGUAUACAGGAACCUGUGUCUGAACGGCCGCUGUGUCCCCUCCCCUGGAAGCUACCGCUGUGACUGUAACAUGGGCUUCAGACUAGACUCACGAGGAGAGUGUAUCGAUGAUGAUGAGUGUGAGCGUAACCCGUGUGUGAACGGAGAGUGUGUGAACACGGCUGGAUCCUACUUCUGCCAGUGUCCUGCUGGCUUCCAGUCUACUGCUACCAGGACUGAGUGCAGAGACCAGGAUGAGUGUGUGGCAAACGGUCGUAUCUGUAACAACGGAAGGUGUGUGAACACUGAGGGGAGCUUCCACUGUGUAUGCAACGCCGGCUUUGAGAUCUCUACUGACGGGAAGAACUGUCAAGACAUGGAUGAGUGUCUGAUCAGGAACAUGUGUUUGAAUGGGAUGUGCAUCAACGACGAGGGAAGCUUUAAAUGUAUUUGUAAACAUGGCUAUCUGCUCGACCCAACCGGGCGCUUUUGUGUAGACAUUGAUGAGUGUGAGACUCCAGGGAUGUGUAUGAACGGCCACUGUGUGAACACGGAGGGGUCGUUCAGGUGUGAGUGUAUGGCUGGUCUGGCCGUGGGUCUGGAUGGCCGCGUCUGUGUCGACACACAUAUGCGCAGCACUUGUUACGGAGGCUACAAGCGGGGACAGUGUGUGAAGCCAUUCUUCGGAGCCGUGACCAAGUCAGAAUGCUGCUGUGCCAGUGUGGAGUACGCCUUUGGAGAGUCCUGCCAACCAUGCCCACCCCAAAACUCAGCUGAGUUCCUGGCUCUGUGUAGUAACGGCCCCGGCACCACCAGCGAUGGCAGAGAUAUCAAUGAAUGUGCUCUGGAUCCGGACAUCUGUCAGAACGGUGUGUGUGAGAACAUGCUGAGGACCUAUAAGUGUAACUGUAACAUGGGCUUUGAGGUGGACACCACUGGAAAACACUGUGUUGACAUAGAUGAGUGUGCAGUGAACAGGUUACUGUGUGACAACGGCCUGUGCAGGAACACUCCAGGUAGUUUCACCUGCCACUGUCCCACCGGCUUCCUGUUCCACCCUGAGACGGAUGUCUGCGAAGACAUUGAUGAGUGUGAGUCGAAGCCGUGUGUGAACGGGGACUGUAAGAACAGCCCGGGGUCCUACGUGUGUCUCUGCUCAGCAGGCAGCACGCUGGACGCCUCUGGAACACAGUGUAUAGAGACCAGUAAAGGCACAUGUUGGCUGAAGGUGAUUAACGGACGCUGUGAGAUCAACAUCAACGGAGCCACUCUGAAAUCCCACUGCUGCUCAACACUGGGAGAGGCCUGGGGAAGUCCCUGUGCCAAGUGUGAACCAGAUCAGUUCUGCACUAAGGGUUAUGCUAGAGUCAGAGGGACCAUCUGUGAAGAUGUUAAUGAGUGUGAGGUGUUUCCGGGGGUGUGUAUCAAUGGGAAGUGUGUGAACACCGUGGGUUCCUUCAUCUGCCAGUGUCCCCCUGGGAUGACUGUCGACGCCACCGGACGGACAUGUAUAGACCUGCGUACAGAGCAGUGUUAUCUGAGCCACGAGGAUGAGCGUUGCGGAGCCCCUAUCCCGGGUCGUCACCGUGUGGACGCGUGCUGCUGCUCAGUGGGUGUGGCCUGGGGCCCGGAAUGUGAUGAGUGUCCGGAGAAAGGCUCUCAGGAGUACAGCCAGCUCUGUCCCAGGGGACCCGGCUUCGCUAACAGAGGAGACUUCAUUAAUGGACGGCCCUUCCUCAAAGAUAUAAACGAGUGUAAGAUGAUCCACAGCUUGUGCUCCAAUGGGAAGUGUAGGAACACCAUCGGUAGUUUCCGUUGUCGCUGUGACAACGGCUUCGCUCUGGACUCUGAUGAGAGGAACUGUACAGACAUCGACGAAUGCCGUAUCUCUCCAGACCUGUGUGGUCAGGGCACGUGUGUGAACACAGGUGGGGACUUCGAGUGCGAAUGUUUUGAAGGUUACGAGAGCGGCUUCAUGAUGAUGAAGAACUGCAUGGACAUUGAUGAGUGUGAGCGGAACCCUCUGCUGUGUCGCGGUGGUGAGUGUGUGAACAACGAGGGCAGCUUCCAGUGUGUGUGUCCCGACGGACACGAGAUUGCCCCCGACGGAUCCGCCUGUCUCGAUAUUAAUGAGUGUGAACUGAGUGAAAAGCUGUGUCGGAACGGUCAGUGUGUGAAUAUGAUUGGACGUUACCAGUGUUCCUGUGAUACUGGAUAUAAAUCCACAGAAGACAGACUGGCCUGUGUCGACAUUGAUGAGUGUACGAUCCAGAAUGGAGGUUGUGAGACAUUCUGUACCAACUCAGAGGGGAGCUAUGAGUGCAGCUGUCGCUCUGGAUACGCCCUGAUGCCAGACCUCAGGACCUGCACUGACAUUGAUGAGUGUGAGGAGAGUCCAGACAUCUGUGACGGAGGCCAGUGUACCAACAUCCCAGGAGAGUACCAGUGUCUCUGCUUCGAUGGAUUCAUGUCUUCUGAAGAUAUGAAGACCUGUCUGGAUGUGGAUGAGUGUGAGCUGAACCCAAACAUCUGUCUGAGUGGGAAUUGUGAGAACAGCAAGGGAUCCUUCAUCUGCCACUGUGACAAGGGCUACUCCGUACGCAAGGGAACCACCGGCUGCACAGAUAUUAAUGAGUGUGAGAUUGGGGCACAUAACUGUGACAGACAUGCCUCAUGUACCAACACGGCUGGCAGUUUCAAGUGUAGCUGUGCUCCGGGAUGGAUUGGAGACGGGAUCAAAUGCACAGACCUGGAUGAGUGUUCCAACGGGACCCACAUGUGCAGCAACAACGCAGACUGUCUGAACACCAUGGGAUCAUACCGCUGCCACUGCAAGGACGGAUUCUCUGGGGACGGUUUCUACUGCUCAGACAGCGAUGAGUGUGCGGAUAACGUGAACCUGUGUGAGAGCGGUAACUGCCUGAAUGUCCCUGGAGGCUACCGUUGUGAAUGUGACAUGGGUUUCAUCCCAACCCCAGAUGGAAAGGCCUGCGAGGACAUAGACGAGUGUACCUUUGCCGAUAUCUGUGUGAAUGGAAGGUGUCAGAACAUUCCGGGGCUGUUCAGGUGUCAGUGUAGCAUCGGCUACGAGCUGGACAGGAGCGGAGGCAACUGCACUGACAUUAAUGAGUGUGCUGACCCGACCACCUGUAUCAGUGGACUGUGUGUCAACACCCCAGGUAGCUACAUCUGUAACUGUCCUCAAGACUUCGAACUCAACCCCACACGCGUGGGCUGUGUAGACACUCGUUCUGGUGACUGCUAUCUGGACGUGCGGAUGCGGGGGGAUGCGUCUGAGAGUUUGGUCUGUUCCAAUGAGAUCGGUGUGGCGGUGUCCAAAGCCUCCUGCUGCUGUUCUCUAGGGCAGGCCUGGGGAACACCCUGUGAAUCCUGCCCUCCUCUCAACUCCUCGGAGUACAAGACGUUGUGUCCAGGAGGAGAGGGAUUCAGACCUAACCCCAUCACUGUCAUACUGGAAGAUCGAAAUGAGUGUGUGGAGAACCCAGGAGUGUGUAGCCCAGGCCAGUGUAUUGAUACGUUGGGAAGCUAUCGCUGUAUCUGCCCCAAUGGUUUCAAGGCUACAUCAGACCUGGCCAUGUGUAUCGAUGUGGAUGAGUGUGAGAGACAGCCGUGUGGGAAUGGGACCUGUAAGAACACAGUGGGAUCCUAUAACUGCCUGUGUUACCCGGGCUUUCAGCUCUCACACAACAAUGACUGCAUAGAUACGGAUGAGUGUUCGAGCCAGAGAGGGCUGUGUAGGAACGGGAACUGUAUUAACACCCUGGGCUCCUUCGUGUGUGUGUGUCGCGAUGGCUACGAACUCAGCGCCGACGGAAGAAUUUGUGUUGACAUCAAUGAGUGUGCAGUGAACCCUGGGACUUGUGGUCCAGGCACCUGUCAGAAUCUGGACGGCUCCUACAGGUGUAUCUGCCCACUUGGCUACUAUAUACAGGACGAGACCUGUGAAGAUAUUGAUGAGUGUUCUCAGACCCCAGACAUCUGUCUGUUUGGGACCUGCUCCAACACUGAGGGCAGCUUCACCUGUGUGUGUCCCGCCGGCUUCCAGCUGUCCUCCUCGGGACGCAGAUGCGUGGAUGUCCGUGUGAACUACUGUUAUACUAAGUUUGAGAGUGGUCGCUGCCUGGCCCCUAAGCCUCUGAACACCACUAAAGGGGACUGCUGCUGUAGUGCCAUGCCUGGACAGGGCUGGGGAGACCCCUGUGAGAUCUGCCCAGGCAAGAAUGAGGAGGCCUUUACGUCUCUCUGCCAUGCGGUUGGACAGGUGUUUGGCCCUGAUGACCAGCCCAUAGACAUUGAUGAGUGCACCGCCAACCCCAACAUCUGCAACAACGGUCAGUGUAUCAACACGGACGGGUCGUUCCGAUGUGAGUGUCCCUUUGGCUUCCGACUCGACACCUCAGGGAUCAACUGUGAAGAUACUAAUGAGUGUGACCUGGGGAACCCGUGUGGAAAUGGAACGUGCACUAACGUGAUUGGAGCGUUUGAGUGUGCAUGUGACGAAGGCUUCGAACCCGGACCCAUGAUGUCUUGUGAAGAUGUGAAUGAGUGUUCUCAGAAUCCUUUGCUGUGUGCGUUCCGCUGCGUGAACGUGAUUGGUUCCUACGAGUGUAAAUGUCCAUCAGGCUACGUGCUGCGAGAGGACAAGAGGAUGUGCAAAGACCAGAAUGAGUGUGAGGAUGGGCUGGAUGACUGUGAGAGUAGAGGCAUGCGCUGUAAGAACCUGAUCGGAACCUACAUGUGUAUCUGUAACCCUGGUUACACAAGGGCCCCUAACGGAGAGGGCUGCAUAGAUCUGAACGAGUGCUCUGCUAAGCCAGGUAUCUGUGAGAACGGUCGUUGUGAGAACACGGUUGGAAGCUAUCGCUGCAGGUGUGACCAAGGCUUCAGCGCCAACCCUACACAGACUGAAUGUAUAGAUAACCGCCAGGGACUGUGUUUCACGGAGGUGUUGACUACAUUGUGCCAGAUGCAGUCGAGUAGCAGGAACAGUGUGACUAAGUCUGAGUGUUGCUGUGACGGAGGACGAGGCUGGGGCUCUAACUGUGAGCUGUGUCCUCUACCUGGGACCACACACUACAAGAAGAUGUGUCCACUGGGGCCCGGAUACACAACAGACGGCAAAGACAUUGAUGAGUGUGUUUAUUAUGAUAAUAUUGUAGUUGACAGGACUCUCUCUCCCUCAGACAUAGAUGAGUGUGUUUAUUAUGAUAAUAUUGUAGUUGACAGGACUCUCUCCCUCAGACAUUGAUGAGUGUGUUUAUUAUGAUAAUGUUGUAGUUGACAGGACUCUCUCUCCCUCAGACAUUGAUGAGUGUGUUUAUUAUGAUAAUGUUGUAGUUGACAGGACUCUCUCUCCCUCAGACAUUGAUGAGUGUGUUUAUUAUGAUAAUGGUGUAGU